AUGGUUAAAAAAAGAAAGCUUAACGAUAAUAAUAUUGAUAAUGAUAACGUUAGCGACCAAGUUAAUGAGCCCACAGUACAAGUAAAAAUACUUCUUGCUCAAAAAAAUACCUUUACAAUGGAAAAUGACAAAGUUGUUCCCGAGUGUAGUUUAAAAGUUUUUGAAAUACAAAUCGGUGUGUCUGAAAAGGCUCAAGUAGCUUCUUACGAAAUAGCUGAAUUGAUUGCUGUUAAAUUAAGACCUCACAAUUUGGCUGAAGAAAUUAUAUUACCAGCUUGUCGCCAAAUUGUAAAAAUAAUGAUUGGUGGAUCAGCAGAUAUUGAUAUUUGUAAAAUACCACUUUUGAAUGACACAAUCUAUCACAGAAUUAAAGAUAUGUCGCAAAAUAUUGGACAAAAUACUGCCAAACUCUUGCAAAUUCAAAUUUUGCUCUACAAACCAACAAAACUACAGAUAUUUCAGGAAAAGCUCAAUUAA